AAAAAAAAAAAAAAAAUAGCGGUGAUAAACUAGGCCAAAAUUAUUCACCGGUACCAGUACUUCUAAAAACAGAUUGUUGAAUGCUAUGCAGAAUGAGGAUUUGAAACUAAUACCCAAUUUUACAGGCGCCAACUAGCGAAACCACUCUUAAAAUAAGCACCGAAAAUAUUGCAAUGGCGUCCAUUAGAUCAACGACUAACAUACCGAUUAGAUAGAACUUGGAGCAAUUACGAUUUCUUCUCUUUUUGUACUGCGAACCCCAUUAAAGACAUCAAUCCGCUUGUAACCUCUUUAAUCUUUUGUGUUCAAGUUCUUUCAUCUUUUUAAUUAAAUUUGUGCAUACAAUAACUGUCUGAAUUUGCAUACAGUGAAUAGUUUUUUGUUGUAAUUUAUUCCGUGGAACCGUUGUCAUUUGUUCAAACUGGGGCACAAAUAUUGUGGAAGCGUUGCUGCGUUUCGUAGUGCUUGGCUGCCUAAUAGUACAGUAGUACGGUAUUUCUUAUUUAUUUAGGAACUACCGGUAUACAGUAAUUUAACGAGGUUAGAUUAUUUGUUCUGUCUCUAUACUACUGCUGUACUGUACUACCUGAUCUUUGAAUUUGGGAAUUGUGUCACUAGUCUGCCGACUUCAAAAUGGAUUUCGUAGGCGUCAGUCAGGUCACCCAGCAGACAACUGACAAGGAUGAACUCUUUGUUUGUCCUUUCGACCCCAUACAUAGAAUAUCGGCAAAGAGGUUUGUCUAUCAUAUUAUCAAAUGCCGGAAAAAUCAUCCUCACAUUGAAACGGAAACAUGUCCAUUCAAUGCAAGGCAUAUUGUGCUGAAGCCAGAUAUACGACACCACACCAGUAUAUGCCCAGACAGAAAAUUAGUCGAGCUUGAACUCAACAGUCUUGACCGAUUAGAACUGUCAAAUGAUCAGUUGACAGUUUCUUCUGAACCGUUGAAUUUUGGAGAUGAUGAAGACUGGGACCAGGAGAUUGCGCGGAAUAUAAAAUCAUCUGAAGAAUUCCCAACUUUUGAUCCUUUCUCGUCUGGACAUUCACAACACAUUGCUUCAUUCUAUAAAAGUUCAGGACAAGGUUCUGGUGUGAAUAAACGCAGAGAGGCUAUCAAGCAGAUGAAAGAAAGAAUGCGUCAAGAAGCACAAAUGAAUGUUGAUCAGCUUGUGCGUCGACCUUACUUUGAUACUUCGGAUCAGGGAAAUCAUCCAGUAUUUUCAAAAUCUGUGGCCCAUCCUUCUUCAUUAACCAAUCACAAUCAUGCGAGGGGUGAUAGUUCUGACAUAAAGUUACCUCCUAAACUUACGAAACAGAAGCCAAGACUAGCAGCAAAUUUUAAUAUGCAACCAAAAUUUUCCAAUGCAAUUGGCAGAGGUCGUCAUCUUCGGGAAAUGCAAAAUGGGACAGGAGAACCAAGAGUUGGUGUUCAGCCUCCAAAUAGAUUCAAUAAUACUAAAGAAAUUAAUCAUGCUUUCGGUCGGGGACGACAAUUCCAAUCAAAUAUGCAUUCUACUUCGUCUCACAUAGAAUCUUUCACCAACAAAGUCACUCCUUCAACUCCAAAUAGCAAUGGUGUUGAAGACAGUGGUUCAUCAGCGGCAGAAGAUACAAACUGGGGAAAUGAUGAGUUGGUGAAACAAGAAAGAAAAUUAAUCAAGUUAUUGAAGCAGAUAGAUGCUUUGGAAAAGAAAUCUGCUUUAGGAGAAGUUUUAGAUUCUGAGCAAAAAGCUAAGAUGUUACAAAAACAGGAGAUUUUAACAUCUUUGAAACAAAUAAGAAACCAACUUAUGGAGUGAAACCCUUUAUUUAGUUUAAGGUCUUGCAACCAGGUGUUUUUUCUUGACAAUUUUAUGUUUAUUCUUUAUUUUUCAACGAGAUUAUUUUGAAGUAACUGGCGUUUAUCUGAUCCAAUCCGCAUCACUGCAAGGGAAAAGUCAGGAAAGCAUGUAUAUUUGAAACUGUGUAAUUUUAUGAUUUUAUUUUAUAUAAAACAAGGUUUCAUUCUGUAAAUGUUAGUUUUUGUUUAUGCUGUUUUAUUUUUUUUUAUUGGGAAACGAUGUGCUGCUUUGCCCCAGAAACACCUUUUGUUGUCUCCAGCCUUUGGCCUGGAAAUUGCCUAUUUUUACACUGUAUUACACUCAACGUUGUUUGCGCCUACCUCAUCUAUACGCCUGCUUGCCAAUGUCGACUGCCAUUCAUUAUAUCGCAGCGCAGUCAUUUUUGUUUUUAAUUGUUUAUAACAGGAAAUCUUGCAAUUUGCGGCCAAAGCCUAUGUGGGUUGUUUUAGACAUACCUAACUGUGUCUGAUCAACUCUAUAGUUGGUAAAUUCUGACGAUUUUACUUCCUCUGCUUACUGUAUAGAAGUGAAAUCUAUUUAUGACGUCACAAACACACGUUUGUUUUUAUAUGGACUUCUCCCAUUAUUACUCAUCAUGGGUGAAUUUUGUGUAUGAAUAUGUAUAUUUUAUCAUGAUCCGCACCUUGAUUUCAUCACCUGUGUGACACUAGUUCUGUAUUGAUGUUAUAUAUCGUCACAUGCGUUCGUUGGAUUUUAAUGUACUGUACGGUUUUAAUAAAGAAAAAUUCAAUUAAUAAA